AUGGCGAACGACAGGCUGGCGGCGCUAAUUAGCGCGCUAGAUGGACCGGCCGGUAACGAUAUCUCACGCGCGACAUCUCCAGGCGGCGACUGGACGGAGGUAAAUGGCGGAGUAAACGGGCAAGAUCAAGAGAGGCAGUCACGUCGCGGCCGGCCCCGAACCUUCCCAUACUCGGAAUACCUGCCGUACCCAGUCGAGGACCAUGCGGAGAGGCUGGCAAACCUGGACACGUGCAUAAAACACCUGUAUAUUGCCGUCUCAGCAGGCGAUUUCUCGCCCGGUGCGGUGCACUGGACGCGCGAGAUUCGAGGAUGGAUGUCACUUAAGUUCGACCUCCCUUGGGAGACACGAGUGAAGCUGGUAAAGCUCUACUACGAGAUGGCUCUGGCUCCUGGGCUGGACUAUGUGGUGGCUGAGCGAUUCGCCAGCAUGUUCAUGGUGUUGACAAAGCGAAAGCACUAUCUCCGACCCGUGAGGGACCUCACCCUAGACUGGAGACCACUCUACAAGGAGCUCAAGAACUUCGUGCUUCCUGCGGAGGGCGGAGCGUCUCACACGGCCAGCAUCAGGCGCAACAUCCGGACAUUAACCAAGCUCAGCACAUUCUCUCAGCUGUUCUUUGAUCCCAAUGAGAUACCGGAAAUGCUGAAAGAGUUUCUGUCCUACUUCAGCACCUCCUUCACGGAGACUGCGUAUGUUGUGGCAGGCUUGCUUAAUCUCUUGUUGCCUACGACUGCUCCUCCCCCCGACAAACCCGAGCUACAGCCGCAGUACUAUCUGCCGACGUUCUUCCAUCUAUGGUCUCUUGUCGGCAGAUCAAAGCAGUUCGAUGUUCAUUUCAUCGACAUCUUUUCCCGGUUGGCGCGAGACUCGCUGUCUGCGCCACACAUCUCGUACUCAGAGUACGGCAUUUUCACCGGCGAACAGUCCUCUUUGAUAUUCACCGCCGUUCUCAGACUGCUCGACAUCCCUGUUGGUCAAGCAACUUCUCCAUAUAGCAGCACGGUCGAUCUCUCUGCCGGCUUGGCGCUGUUGCUCAACCGCGACGAUAGAAAGCACCCAUCUGCCCAUCAUAUCGCAAGAUGGAUAAUCAUGUCGCUUUCUCCGGCCUGCGCGGAAAAACCAGACUCGAUCCUUUCGAAGCUGGAAGGUCUGAUAGAGGCUAUCGAGACAUUCUUCCACCCGUCAAAUUCGGGAUCCUGGACAAAGCCGUUGUCCCAACUCACCUACUACUUAACGGACUUCUUUGUCAUGCGGUGGAACCGCGAGCGCAAUGGCGAGAUGGAAGUGCCCGAGGAGCGGAGGCUGAAUGAUGCGGUCAAGAAGCGCUUCGUGCUCUGCAUGCGUGAGGUCAUCUUCAUGGGCAUCUUUGCGAAAAGCAGCACCGCUAUCACCUUCUCCUUGUCGACACUUCAGAGCCUUGCAUUCCUUGAGCCCAACUUAAUCCUCCCGGGCGCUCUGCAGCGCAUAUACCCUGCCAUGCAAGGUCUAGUAGAAGUACAUCGGACAAUCACUUCCAUACGAUCUCUUCAAAUGCUGUCGAAGGUCAUGGCAAGAAGCAAGGGAUACCGAUGUCAUAUCACGACGCUUCUGGGGCUUGCAUUACCCGGCAUAGAUGCCAAUGACCUGGACAAGACUAUGCACACGCUUGCAUUCAUCCAAGCGAUAGCUUACCAAGUCCCGUUUGUUGACCUUACGCAAGAGCGGAAGCCGAAGCGCGCCACUGACAAUCUUGAGGAUGGAGAUGGCACAGAAACUCCCUCGGAGGGCCACGAUACUGGCGUCGCCAUGCGCUGGAUCACAGCUCAGGUCGAGAGGCUAGAAACCGAGGGAGCCGAUAUCGAGAUUGACUACGAGACGGAGCUGACCGACCAUGAAGAAGAGAUGAUCCUGCGGUCCUCAACAACAGCAUUACCAGAAUUCAUAAUAUCGUUCCUUGGCCGCAUCUUCACCCUGCUCGAGAAUCUACCAGACGCCUCCAGGGUCCGUAGCGGAUCACCCGAAGAGAACGUCAUCAACAGCCUGCCCGCCUGUUUCACCCCCUUUCUUGCCGCGCUUUCUCCGGAGCUCUUCGAUCUUGCGCUUGAUAAGAUUGCGCACUUUGUAGGCAACCAUGUCAUCCACCAGGCGAGAGACGCGAUGGCCUUCAUUUGCAAUGCGCUUGUCAAGAUCAAUCCCGAGAAGUCUCUGAGGCGUCUUAUGCCGGAACUGAUCUCGAGCAUCCGCACUGAAAUAGAGGAUAAUGGAGCCGGAUCAACACGGACCACUGGAACUGAGGUGUUACCUAGGGAUAGAGGUCUGACUUGGAACAUCAGCUUGCUGAGCAUGUGCGUUGUACAUGUUGGUGACGAGGUCCUGAAAUACAAGCAAGAGCUGCUUGACAUUGCGGCAUUCAUGCAAGAGCGAUGCAGGGGAAUCCCAACCGUCCACAUCUCGAACUUCAUCCACCAUCUUCUACUCAAUCUGACUGUCACGUAUACCACGGAUUACGCCUUGUACGAGCCUGAAGAGGUGCAGAUGGGUAUAACUAGCGGCCACUGGGGCAGGUUUACGGAUCCCAAGAAAAUCCGGCCUGAAUGGCAUGUACCGACAAAGGACGCGCUUGACUUUGCGAUUGAGCUGUUUCAGUCGGAAGGAACCAAGGCAAUUGACAUGCUCAACGCGCUCACCAGUGACGACCCUCCAGUAAAGCGCGUCGGCAAGGCGAAAGAUUGGACGGAUGAGGUGUCUCGCAACCUCGUCCUCAUACGGCUACUGCUGUCCGGUGUCUCUGUUCUGUUUGAUGCGCGAUACGACGCUUCUAGCGCUGUUGCCGUCAACGGUGAUGUGGAGAUGCACGACAGUCCACAGUCUGACGAAAAGGGGAACGAUGACACCGACGAGCUGACUCUGGGCGAUGGAGACGACGAAGAGGGGAAGACGGUGUUCCAGUACAAUACCGGCUAUCCUUUGGACCGGGACAGCGAGCAGUAUCGUAUGAUCCACCGUCUCCGGGACGCUAUGGGCAAGGCUUUUCAUCGAGUCCAUGCUUUCUUAAUAGAGAAGGGAGUGGAAGAAGUGACCUGCUACAGCUCUCUAUACAACGCAUAUCGCUCGUGGUUCGUCGAUGUCGGUAUUGAACGCUCCGCACACGUGCUCGAUCGGGUAACACGUCUACUCGCUGCGGACAUAGCUCCGUUCAAGUUCACCGGAACCCGUAAGCAGUACCCAAGGCCAUUACUUGUACGCCGGGCGAAUGUCUACCACCUUCAACGACUGCGCCACAACGCAACUCCCAGGCCGAAAUCCGAGCUUGACAAGCAGCUCCUAUUGGAUCUGGCGGAGUCCAGUGUCUCUAUAUACACUGAAGUUAGGCGGACUGCGCAGACUGCCGGCGAAUCGGCUGUCAAGUGCAUAAUUGGAGCGCGACCGCUUGUAAUUCCUCCGCUGCUUGAAGCUUUCGGCAAGGCUGUCAAGGACAACGAUUACCCCCGAAUCAAGGGCGCAAUAUUCUCACUAUUAUUUGGCAGCCUGGCGAAGACAAUUGGCAGAGACUGGCGAUUCACGCCGACACUCAUCAAGUCUUUCAUAGAUGUCACCGAGGCCGACAAGCCGUCGAUACAGAAGCUUGCCGCAAACGCCACUUUCCAGAUCAUGGAUAUGGCGAAGCCCCUAGAGCGUCUUGUCUUGCUCGACCAAGACACAGUUGAGUCGAUAGCUUCCGUCUUUCUUGAGGAUGAAGCCGAGAAGGUCAAGUCAAGAAUAGAGAAGAAGAGAAACACUAUCAAGAGGAAGCGGACAAAGGUCGAGAGCAAGAAGGCGGAACUGUCUGCAGAUCUUGUAGAGAUGGGAAGGACAUCGCACUGGAAGAAGGCAAGCCGAACUGCUACUAUCGUCAUCAGUCUCAGUAUGCGAUACGAUUCCGUGGCGUCUGAAGGCAUGAUCGACCUUGUCACUAGAGGCUCGAUCGAUCCGCAUCCUAGCUUGCGCGGUCUUUAUGCAGGAGGGCUUAUUGGCAUCUUCGCGCUUGUACAGACCCGGUGUCUUACCAACCACGACUACAAGAAGUACUUGCUCCAAGAGGAAAGCAUUCCAGACAAGAUUGAGGUGCCGACUCGGUCCGAGGACCCGAACUGGACUAAGGAUUUCUUGUCCAGCUUUGCUAAGCCAGAAGCGAAGUACUACGUCGACCAUGACUAUCCUGGGUGGCUUGUUUGGGAUAAGAAGAUGCCGGCCUACACAAUUGAGCCUCAAGAGUACAACUAUGACAAGCUCGAGAUGAAGAUUCGGAAACAGAUCGGCAAGAUCAUGGACCGCCAUUGGUUCUCGACCUACUUUGCAUACAUGAAGCAGGAGCCAAGAGAUCACGGCGCCGACCGCUUCCGCAUGUCGAGUGCGAUGACGCUGACUGGCGCGUUCGACCUUAUGUUCCAAGGGCUUACUACAGCCACUUUUGAGGACAUCAAGGAUUUGACUCAGUCUGUGUACGCAGACGGCAGUGACAAACACCAGCACAGGGCCACUGCUGAGAUCUUCGGGGCCAUGCUGUGCGAGGCGCACGACUUGUCCUCCGAGCAGCGAAUGGCAGUGUGGGAUUACGUGUUUCCCAUUGUCCGAGGCAUCUUCCAGGAUGGCCUGACACCGGAGAACUCGUCGUACUGGAACACCUUCCUGCACUUGGUACUGUCUGGCAAAGACGUCCGACGCAAUUGGCCCUUGGUUGAGUGGCUCACGGACUUCCGGCUCGAUAUGACCUCUAAUGCGGCUUUCAAGGAGAGCUCCAAGAUACAAAUGCUAAACCUUGUCGUUGCUGAUGCCGGCUGGCACUUUCAGCUAGAGAAACCUAUUCUCGAGGAUUUCAUGAACCAUCUUGACCAUCCAUACAAGGGCGUCCGCGAGGUCAUGGGGCAAGUGAUAGCCGGCAUCCAACGAACCAGAUACCACGAAUCCUUCCCGAGCGUCGAGGCGUUGAUCACCGCCAACAACUCCUCCUCAUCGGUCGGUCUCCGUCCUUACCAGCUCACUUUAGCCGACACUGCCAUGACCACCUCCGUCUUCGACCGCCUCGAAGCCUGGCGCCUCCAGCGCAAGCCCGGCGACCAGCAGCCAACCCCCUACACCAUGGCCAGCAAAACCGUCCUUAUCUGGCUCGACGCCACCCUCUCCUCCUACGAAUGCACGCAGCUGGUCCCUCUCUUCCCCUCCGUCUUCCUCCAGCAGCUCCUGCACAUGAUGGACAUCAAAGAAGACCCCGAGCUCCAAGCCCUCGCUUACCACGUCUUCCGCCACCUGCCCAACAUCCCGCACCGCGCAGGCGAAGACGAAGCCUUCAUCGCGGCCCUCAUCCGCAUCGGGCGUACUUCACCCUCCUGGCACCAGCGCCUGCGCAUCCUGAUCAACAUCCAAGUCGUCUACUUCCGCCGGCUCUUCCUCAUGAGCGAGGAUACCCAGCGCAACAUGUUCGAUUGCGUGGCCGACAUGCUCGGCGACGCGCAGCACGAGGUGCGGCUCGGUGCCUCGACCACCUUAUCAGGCAUGAUCCGCUGCUCGCCCCUCGCGCUCCGCAAUCAGGUCGUGGAAUCCCUCCGCGAGAAAUUCACAACCACGCUCAAGAAGAACCCCCUGCCCAAGCGCCUGGCGAGCCGCGCCCCAGGCACACCGACGCCAGAGCAGAAUAAGCUGGUGCUGACGCGACAUGCGGCUGUGCUGGGGCUCGGGGCCCUGGUCCAGGCGUUUCCGUAUACGAGCCCGCCGCCGAGUUGGCUGCCGGAGGUGCUGGCUACGCUGGGGUCAAGGGCGGCGGGGGAUCCGGGUGUGGUGGGGAAGAGCGUCAAGCAGACCUUGGCGGACUUUAAGAAGACGAGGCAGGAUACUUGGCAUGUGGAUGUCAAGGCCUUUGAACCAGAGCAGCUGGAAGAUCUGGAGGGCGUGCUGUGGAAGAGUUACUUCGCGUAG